AUGCAGAGAGGCAAAAGAACUUUGGAGACAGCCACCAUACCAGACGAUUCCGAGCCUUUAGAUAGGAAGAAACACAAACAAGCUGACCAGCUAGACUUCCUUCACAUCUCCAACGAAUGUAAAACAGACGCAAUUUACAACCACUACCAAUCUGAAUUCAGGAGAAUCGCGCACGGCUUAUUAAAUGGAGCUUGGAUACUCUCUAUAAAGUCAUUGGAUGGCGUGAUGCACCAGUAUAAGAUCGUGGAAAUUGAAUUUUAUCUUCGACAUUUGCCACAGCAUAUCGACCCAUUCUCACAUGCACGGGAAUCACAGCUGGAAUUUGGCAAAUUUUGUUUUCAUAAGCGUGGAAAUUCAUAUGCUGGUGGUACUUGGAAGGGCCUAGACAUCUCGUUUGGAUGCUCUGGAGAUCCUGAUACGCCAGCUAUAGAUAAUGGCCCGCGAGGGAUUAUGAGAACGAAUGCAUUCCAUGCUGGGAUUCUCAUCCGAAGUAUAAUGAAUAUCGAAACAAACGAGGUAGUCGAAGGACCUUGUAAGUGUGUCGACAAGAUACUCAAAAUCCUGAAGGCAAAAGAUGUAGCUGAUCUGGUGUCAAAUAUCCUGGACGAUGAUCUAAGUAUCACCAACAACACGUCGUCAUUGUAUUUAUCCAAGUCUACCAUCCCUGUAGUAACGAACGAGAUAUUUGAAACGCCGAGAAUCGGUUUGUAUAUAAGAAAGACACAUAAGGAUUUGAAGGAACGGUUGGGAUAUGUGACUCGUUUGUAUCGCUUCCACACUCAAACCUUGAGUAAAGGUAAAGCUCAUACAAUAAUUGGUAUAUUACUGCCAAAUAAGCAGAAAGCAGUGAAAACUGUGAUAGACGACAUAGUUGAGAAAACAGGCAUAAGUAAAAAGCUAGUAUCUGAAUGUCUCGAAGCCUUUGCGAAAGGAAGCAAAAUGCCAUACACCAAAUUCAUCGACAUGGACAAGGGCUCUUCUCAGAACAUAUGCCAGUACUUUGGAUCACUUUACCCUCAUUGUAAAUGCUAA